UGACAACAAGGGAAUGGGGGGCUGAGGCGGCUGGGGGCAGGAGCGACCCCCUUUCUCGCCUCCCCGAUGGCGGCCGCCUUCCUGGUGGCGCUGUACGAGUACUCGCCGCUCUUCUACAUCGCCGUGGUGUUCGUCUGCUUCUUAAUCACCAGCGGCCUAGUCAUGGGCUGGUUUGGGUGGGAUGUUCCUGUGAUUCUGAGAAAUUCGGAAGAAACAGAAUCAAACAUGAAAGUGUCCCAGAAACAGAUGCAGCAAGUGAAGAACCCGUUCAGCUUGGAUAUCAAAAACCCGGCAGCAGCAGCAGCUGCAAGUGGCAUAACGUUAGUGCCUGAUUGCCUGGAAGACUGUCUCCUUACGUGCUAUUGGGGUUGCAGCGUGCAAAAGCUCCACGAAGCUCUGCAGAAACACGCCUAUUGCUUCCGGAUAAAAACUCCGCAGGCCUUUGAGGAUGCGUUGCAUAACGAGCAUCUUUACCGCCAACAGUAUUUCGUAAAGAAGACAGACAAAGAGGAAAAGCAUUGUGUGUUACCAGGAGAGGCACAAAUCACUGACUUUGGCCCGGUGCCUAGAUCUCGCUAUCCGCUAGUAGCACUGCUGACCUUAGCUGAUGAAGACAACAGAGAAAUCUAUGACAUUGUUUCCAUGUUAUCCAUCAUUCACAUUCCUGAUGACAGUUACAGGCUUUCGUGCAGGAUUCUGUAUCAGUACCUCCUCUUGGCCCAAGGACAAUUUCAUGAUCUAAAGCAACUCUUCAUGUCUGCCAACAGCAACGCCUCUUCUGUGAGCAGUCCUCCCGCAGGGGAGGGGACGGAAGACCGCGCCCUCCUGGAGAAGGUCGGGCUGGCUGAGGAGGAGGAGGAGGAGGAGGAGGAGGAGGACGUGCCGGAGGAGAGCAGCAGGGACUGCAUUGUCUGCCAGAAUCGCCCCGUCAACUGGGUGCUGCUCCCGUGCCGGCACACCUGCCUGUGCGACGAGUGCGUGAAAUAUUUCCAGCAGUGCCCCAUGUGCCGGCAGUUUGUGGGAGAGUCCUUUCCCCUGAGCGGCCCGGAAGAGUGAGGGGACCGAAAAAGGACCGGUGUGUACUUCCCGUGGAGCGUGCGGCCGCAAAUUUGAUAAAGCGCUCCAGCUCCCGGAAUGGUAUCCUAGGCCUUGCUUUUUCUCUUCCACUUGAACAGUGAUUUGGUGGUCCGAUUCGUAGGGCCUUCCCUUAGCCUUGCAUUUGGACGUAACAAAGGCUUUCGAUGCAGGAGCCCUGCCCUCCGCCUUCUGGAGCGAUAGAAAAGGGCCGGGUACACAGACAGAAGCACUGCCUUGAAAUGGGUGUGGAAAACACCUUGCCGCGCCAACGGGCAUUACUAAGAGGCUGAUUUCGACAAACCGACGUAGAGCGAGCAUCCCAGACAAAAUAUCCCCUCGUACGGAUGAUUUAUUUAUUGAUGUGAUUUUCAGAAGAAUGGGGUUAGUGUGACUUCCGGGCCGCUAGCCACUUUGCACUUUUGAAAGCUCUGUAGCACAUGGGUAACAAGGUGGAAGGAAAUAUAAUAGGUGAAGUUUUAUUGGUAGCUCUGCAAUCGUACGACAUGCAUUUUGGGUGUCUUAAUCUUGGGCCUGGCCAGAGCGGAGUACCUGGACAAGGGUUCUCUAAAUACUUGGGGCUUUGGAACACUCAAGUCUGCAAAUGCCCAUUUUUGUAAAUGCAAGUACAGUACCGGAUGUGAAGUAGCGAAAAACUGACUCUAAACUCAAAAAGACAAUAUACACUGAGCUGCAAAACCUGUUUUUGAAUGUGAAAAAUUAGUUUGCCCCCGAGCAAUUUCAGGUCAUUCUAUAGUAAAUGCCAUGACUCCGAUACAGCACAA